GUUUAAGAUGUUUUCGAUUUGGGGGCUAACUCAUAAUAGGAAAACGAUAGAACUAAAAACAAUUUGUUUUUCAAUGUUGCAAACGACGUUUUUUGGGUUUGUCAACAGUCAAAAUGAGCCACAAUCCAACUCUGAAGGCGUUAGACUCGCUCUUUGGUUAGCAAUGGUUUAUUAGGUGGUAGUGGCUACGAACACGAAAUUUUCAAAUGUAAAACCUUUUUGUUUACAUCGCUAAGGACACCAAGCAAAACCAGUGUAAGAAAGACUUUGCAUAAAAAUUUAAGAAUGUAAAGAGUUUCAGGUCAAGCAGUUUGUCAAACCCAGCUGUGAGACAUUCGGCUUUUUUCCACGAAGCAAUCUUGAUUGACCACAAAUAUACUACAGAAGCAGCGACACCGUAUGGUGCUCGUCGAAGACACCACCAGCAAAGCCAGUGCUACUAUCUCUGUUGUUUAAACUUCAAUUAAAAAUCGUUGCAAAAUGCUUUAUCAGAAACAAGACACACCAACAGCAUUACUUGCAUAUGUAAGCAGAAGUAAUGCACAUGGUAGAACAGUAAAGAUGGAAGAUUAGAAAAAGGCCAGUUCUUUGGAAGACAAACGCAAUAGCAAAGCAGUGAUGGUUUGAGUGUCUAUUUGAAAUGAAGAAACGAAUGCCAAAGAAAUUUAUUUUCAAUGCUGAGAUGGGGAUUUUAAAGAAGUAACUAAAUGCAAAGAGGCCUACAAAUCACUAAAUAGUACUAAAAACUGUGGAAAACAAUUUUAUUCUUUCAAGCAUCUUUGUUUGCCAGCUUCUUUGGGCAGCACUGAAAUUUUUUUUGUAAUUUGAAAUGUCUAAAUGGGUAGUUUUACGGGAAUUGAUUAUCAAAAAUUUGCGCAGGCCCAUCGUCCAAAAAACACCAUUGUAGCGCAUAUGUCAUUUUAUCGGCUUGCAGUCGAUUUUAUGAAUAAGAUUCUUUGAUAAUGCGGGUAUAAUUAAGUGGGUUUUUUUCUAUUAGUUCUUUUAUUGACAUUUUGAUAUAAAUACUACUAAGUGACCGAGAUGAGAAACUAGUAAUUGAUACGACGAGGCAGUUUCAAUUGAGAGACGAACUGAACUUCAUGUGGAUAAACUUCUAUGUUUUCGUUAUGGCUGUAGAUAUUGCUUGCUUUGCUUUUUUGCUUUCUAUUUUACACUGUCGUUAGCUAUCUGACUUUCUUCGUUUAAUCUGUUAACAUAACACUUUGAGCUUCUUUGUUUAUUACGCGCUUUAGACUGAGUAUCCUUGGAACUUGUUAAUGUCUUUUACAAUAAAACAAAACAAACAGCACUUCGAAUUUUCAGGGAAGAAAGCUUUAGGAAACUUUAGCUAAGGGACAAAAAACCCAUUCUCCAGAACAAUAUCUAGAAUGAUGUUGAAUAUAAAAGAAGCAAGCAACAACAACUAUGAAGAUGCCCUUUAAAUGCUUUAGUCACAACAACCUUGAUUUAACUGCUGUUGUAUAUAAUUAUCUUGAGUCUUUUCACAUUAAUAGUUCAAUUUCAAGUAGCAAGUUAUCUUAAACGAAUCUCCUCUGAAGAUUAGUCUUUCAUGACGGGUGGGACCUACUCCUCGAAAAAGAAGAAUGGAUGUCGAUAUUGCGGUCAUGAAGUAUUUUUUGGGUCUACGCAUAAUAGAGAAAUUAUUGUUUUGUUUCAUUUAUAAAUCAAAGCAGCGGAGAAAACCAAGUGCCCUGGUGUAAGGCUCACAGGCCGGGAGCAUAUUGAGCUUCGAUCACAGGAUUCAUCCUAAAAAACUCACAGAUUAGAGUAGAAACGACAAGAAUAUAUCUAAUUAGAAACUUUAAAAUGUUCACGAGAAUUUUCUUCUGACUCUGAAAUUACAUUGCUCAGAAAGACUCUUCAAAAAUGAGUAUGGUUUCUGUCGGUGAGCGUUGAAAAAUGGCCUUUUAAAACUAAAUUGUGCAAAGCCUCAAUUUAUGUAAAAUGGAACUAAAGUUUCAGACAGGAGCCUUGCAGAACAGCAGAUAUGCGCCAUUCACUUCGCAAAAUUGUUUCCCAUUUUCUGAAAACGAAAAGUUCUGGCUAUGCCAUAUUUACAAGUUUCUUUGAAGAAAACUACCUAAGUCGAUAAAUGUUCAGUUAAUUUAUUCUGUCAAGCCACAAAAGAUAGGACACGGUUGUCAUAUACUGUAGGCCUAAAUCACUGGCUUUACCUCGAAUGGCAAUAUGCUUUUGCAAGUUUGGUUAAUGACAUUAUGAACACGCAGCAGCUUUGACAUUAUAAUUACAUAAAAAUGAUGUUUGGUAGUAGCUAACGUUGCAAAAUCCCUUUUCCUAAAACUUUGUAAAAUAGCAUAUCUUUGUGUUUCCAGCUUUAUUUGAAAGGCUUUUCUUGUUUGGUUAGAAAGUUUUACCGAUAUAAUUUAUUCUUAUGCUUCUAGCCAAAUUUUCAUCUCAAAUUACCUUAUUCCUUUGUAAAAAUUAUUUGUUUUUAAGUUUAGCAAAAAAAGAGCGAAUGCAAAUACCAUGUUACAGGAGCUAAAUGAAAUCCCCGGCCCUUAACGAAUUGCUGAUGUUUCAUGAUAUGAUCCAGUUUUGGGUGCGACCUUUAAAGUUUAGAUCUCUGCAGAUUAACAAAGUUUGGGAAAACAAAACAGUUUGUAAUUUUGCAAAUUGUUUGUACAAGACUUUACUUCAAACUGAAUAUGUAUACAAUUGUAGCAUAACAGCUUAUUAAUCUAGCUAGUCAAUAAAACACCAAUAAUAUUAUUUUUACCAAUUAUUUAAUUUUUCUGAAACUUCAUAAGCUUAACAAACCUCCGAGAUUUUGAUUAAAUUUUUGAAAAAAUUCACAAGCUUAAUUCAUUAACAACUGUUGUUGUAAAUAUGUACGGCAAUAGGUUUUUAAGAUAUUUGACCUGAGAUUUGCCUGAUUCGAUUUGUGACUGUUUAUGCUUUUUAAAGUCUAAUUUAGGAUCAUGGGACUAUCUGUUCAGUCUAAGAAAGAUUUGAGAAAGCAUGAGGCUUAUUGAUGGAUAAAUAUCAAUGAUGCUAUGUAAAAAAAACUAGAUAGAUGUAUUUAUUUAUCAUUUGAAGAACAUUACAAAUAUAUAUAGGCCAAAAUUAUAAAGGCACAAGAAUACGACAAAAAUUUCUAAAGUUAUAUUUGAAAGACUACUAUCUGUAGUAGGUACUCUGUGUUAAUUGGUAGUGAAAGCAUAGUCAGGUGACCAUAAUUAAAAACGACUUUAUGCCACAUGCUUUUAAGCGAUUCCUACAUAUAUUUAGAAAAUUUGGCUGAAUGCUAGGCUGUGUAGAUUACAUUUAUAUGUAUGGACUGGCCGCUCUUCUAUCUUUUGUAAAUAAUAUCCAGAUAAAAAGUCAUUGAAGACGUUGAUAGGAUCAGAAUCCCAACAGCAACUUGCAGUAUAUCAUUGUAAUGUUUAAUCUUUGCAAGGCUAUACUUGACACGCGCCCUAUAGAAAAUAAAUCUUCUAUUUUGAUCACCUUAGAAAAGGUCUAACCAGGAUGAUCUCGUUGACCAUCGAUCUCCUUUUCAAAUUCAGUGGUUAGUUUCCUAACAUGGCCAACAUUUCAAAAGACUGUUGCACAACUGAAAUCAUAUUUGACGAAGCAACAGUUUGUGUUGCUGCUUAAAGCUGUGUGGUCCUUAGAUUUACAAAUUAUAAAGAAAAUCACGAAUUAUACGAAUAACGUUUUUGCUCUUGGCUUUGUCAACUACAGCUCCUUUGCCCAUUACAUCCUACCACAAGUUUUCGAUCUAACCUUAAACAAAUUGAUUAUAAAUGCCACCUCCUUUUUUUAAUUUUUUCUUUCAUUCCUUGUUAAUCUUUUCUUUCAUUCCUUAAGCAUAUAGUGUUGUAUAUUUUACCUAGAAUAGUUCUUCAAAUUUUUUAAAAUGUUAUAUAUUAAAGUACAUGUGGGCGAGAAUUUCUUUGCUAGAAUACUCUCGUUUUCUUUGUGCAGUCAUUCAGCCCUGCCAAUGAAGUGAGCCUGUAGCUGUUUUUCUGAGUUUGAAUUUUAAAGCUUUUAGCUUAAUUUUGAGUUCUUGAGAUAAUAUUAUCACCUGAUGUUACAGAAGACACCCAGUUCUUGUUUUUCAAAUUAACUUUUUCUCAGCCUAAUCUGAACUCACGCAGCUUGCGAUUAUGGGUCAUUAUUUCUCUCCUGGGUCUAAUAAAUAUUUAAACUAAACUCUAGUCUUUCCUUCCACGUGUAAGUGUGGUGAUUUCCAAGAUAAAAGAUGAUAUUCAAAGCAACCUUUUUUACACGAGGGCAAAUUAAAAAGAAAUUGCAACGCUAAAUAAUUCAAGUAGAUUUUUGAAAAAUUCGAGCAUUCCGCAAUUGAUUCCACUGCGUUUUUGCCCUCCUUGAAGCGACCAAUGGUAAAUGUUUCAAAUAAAGAUGAAAAGUUGUUCUUAUAAAAGUUUCGCAAAAGAUUUGCUAUUCAAACGCACUUUGACACAAUGUUUUCCUUGGAUCUGCGUAGAUGGCAGGGAAAUGCUUCAUGUUGACACUCACCUGUUUCAAUCGAUGAGGUUUUGUUUUUCUAAUCACCAGGCAGUAAUUGACAUUCUAUUGAUACUUUGUCGAGGGUUGCGUAGCUCUCAGUCUGAUUGCCCUAACUCCAAGUUCUUUAAUAGACUUUAAGAAGAUGUUUUGUCCACACCCAAGGAUACUGCGGAGGUGUAUAAUGGACGGCUGAUCUGUGUGGUGUUGCCAAGGUAACGUUCUUCUAAGCGAAUGAAAGAAUAGGUGCCAGUAUCGCAGAGAGUUUUCAUUUAAGUGUACUGACCUUGGCAAUGAGAUGAACUCUAAUCACAGCUAGCAGCCUCUUGGAAAGCUGUGCUUGGCAGGUUGUUUUGAGUUUGACUACACUGCAACAGUUAUACUUUGGCGAAAAGCAGUUAAUCAUUCUUCGACGAACUGAUGACCUAAAAUUGGCAAGAAGUAAACUAUCGUUAUGAAGCUUUUCUUUCCGUUUAACCUUUAAGGAACGUCCAUUGGAAAAUGUACUUUGACACUCGUUGGUUUCACUGCUUUUUAGGUAGUUAUUUGGUAUUUAUUGUUUGAUAAAAACACAUGAGCGUUUGAUAAUAACUUCGCAAGUGUUGGCGAUCAGCUGUCUUUACUUUGAGGCCAAUCAUUAAUCCACUGCUUUGUCGCUCUACCGCUUAACUGUUUUCCGCUUUACAGCUCUACCGCUCUACUGCUUCUCCGGUUCACCGAGCCAAUAUCGGACCAAAAGCAAUAUCUCCGUUGCCCCGGAUACGCCCCAUUUAGAAAAGAAACUCUAGCAAUGUCAGUUGCAGUUUCAUCCGUCCAAUUACUAACUGCGGGAGAUGGAAGUGGAAGCAGUACACCAACGCUUCGUCGGACAUUUUGUAACUCGCCGCUUCUUCAGAAAGCCAAGUUUAAAGAUCUUUCACCAAGAUUUCCCAGAAAUAGGUUCGCUUUAGCCGGUGGUUUUUCAAAAACUCGAAUUAAAAUUAACGUCAGUGGGACUAUAUUCGAAACUCUGGAAACGACACUUGACAGAUUUCCAAAAACUCUUCUAGGCGAUAAAACGAAGCGUUCUAAACACUACGACUCUAUUCAGAGAUGCCUUUUCUUCGACCGUUGUCGUAUUUCUUUCGAAGCCAUAUUGUUUUAUUAUCAGAGUGGUGGAUACUUGAUACGGCCUACGGACAAAGACAUGACUGACUUUGAGAAAGAAUGUUUCUUCUACGGACUCGAAGAGACUGCCAUUUUGAGCAUGAAAGAGCGAGAGGGUUACGCGCGGCAUGAAGCGCCGAGCCAAGACGCAGUCGAUAAGACAUGUUGCUCUAGCUUACACAGCUUCCUGGAGAAUCCCAACUCGUCGAAACCAGCCAAGGUUUUCGCCGUUUUGUCGAUGCUAAUGAUAGUUGGCUCUGUUAUCCUAGCCUGUCUUUCGACGAUGUCGCAAUUUCGAGAUGAUCAUGCAUCUUCUAUUUUCAAUAGUCCGCUCUCUGUCAUCGAACUGAUAAUGAACAUAUUUUUCGGCUUAGAACUAAUUUUAAGGUUUAUUAGUGCCCCAAAAAAAUUUUCAUUCUGGAAGUCACCGCUCAAUAUCCUUGAUUUGUUUGCGGUGGUACCUUAUUUCAUUUUCUUUGCCUUCGACGAUACACAGAUAACUUAUUUAGGAUUUAUCAAAGCAUUCCGCACGAUCAGAGUGUUGCGAUUCUUACGGUUCUCGCGUCAUUCCGAUACACUGCGCGUCGUGAUCAACAUUCUUAGCAGUAGCGUUCGUGAUUUGCUAACGGUGGUUUUCUGUAUGCUAUUGAUGUCGAUCUCCUGGGGCAGCUUGGCCUACUACAUUGAAGUUGGGAGCGAGGAAACCCAGUUUAUUAGCAUUCUCGAUGGCAUGUGGUGGGCUAUUCAGACCAUCGUUUGCCUUGGAUACGGCGAUAUAGUUCCGGUAACGUUUCCAGGAAAGGUGGCAGGGUCUAUUGUCGCUGCCGUUGGAGCCCUGACAUUGACCGUCCCUUUGUUAUCAAUUGGCGGUCGGUAUUUGCAAAUGUAUUCAAGAACGUUCUCCAUCAACUGCUCUUUGGAUAUAAACGAAAACGACAAAGCCAACAGUAAGCAACAAAGUCUUUGAACUUUUUUAAUGCUGAUGUACUGUAUGUUUUACAAAAUUAAGUUUAAGUGAAUUGAAAAAGUAAAGUGAACUUUUUCUUACUGGCCAUUGAUUACGCAACCUCACCGAGCUUCGCUAUACUGUUUUGGUGGAUUAAGGAUGGUGUUUUUCACAGAUACAAAAACGCUAUGCCGUCAUCAAUGUAGUUUUGUCGACCUAAUGAAGUUCAUAUUACAUGAUAUUUUAUGCAAUACCAGGAGGUUCAUGACGAAAAUGGAAAAAAUUGCCAGGAUUGGCAUGCUUGGAUUGGCAUGCUUGGAAUCAUUAAUUGCUUGCUUCAGUCAAUUGAUACUAUUUGAAUUAAUAUCGCUGUCAUAAAAGGAAUUGAAAGAUAAAAUAUAGCGAUCCCUACAAAUGCCUACAAAAGAAGAAGGCAGGGGGGAACUUGUCAAAUUGGUAAUGUACCAAAUGUGCCUGCUUUCUUUGUUAAGGGUGCACCUGUACUCAAAGACAUGUAUGUAUAUCACAUUGAGUGAUGUUCUUAUAGUUUAUUUGAGUCCAACAUAGUUAACACCAGGAGAGAAGGCAGCCGUACUGUCAGCAAGUAACUUAAACACAACGCUGAGCGAACGUACUAAAACUGCGCAGCAUAAACAUUGGACAUGAAUGUAAGCAUUUAUCACAUUAUUGUCAAUAAAGGCAAUCGACAGUCACUAAAGCGGACUUAGCCAUCUUUCAAUCAAGAUUUGAUCAAUCAGAUAGUGCAAUUCUACUCACAUGUUUAUUGAUUGGCUAAUAUUGAUUGACAGUUUUGUAUCUGUCAAUUGCUUUUAGGCAUUAACAAUCAGCUUACGCAAGAACUGCGUUAAGUAAAUGUGCAGUCAUACAGUGGCAGUGGGGUAUAGGGGUAAAGCGGUAAUUACCCCCUUUUUUCGUCAAAACAUAUUUUUCUCUAGAACUUGUUCAAAAAGCAUUAAGUAGGGGAGGACCAUAUUUUUGCCUAAAAAUAUCCACCUGGUCCAAUGCACUGCAACGAACGAAAAAGGGCGUGGUCUAACUGGUCACAUGCAUUGUCCUCCCACUGUGCAGUAGCUUACGGCGCCACUGCAGCGAUACGUUACAGGCCAACAAGAACAAGCUUUCGUACACAAUAAAAAACAAUAGCUACAUUUAUUUAGAUGUCCAAGACUAACUUCAGUUGAACAGGAAGAAUAUUAUGAGAAUUUCUCUUAAUACUGUAACAUUAUGUAGAUUUUUAGCUUCCUUAUGGAAAACUAUGCUUUGAACUGGACUGUCAAUAAUUGCAAUCGUAUUGUAUUUGUCAAGCAGGAUAUGACAGAAUUAAGUACUCUCUGUGAUAUCUGCUAAAACACCCGCUUUAUUUUGUCUCCAGUAUUAUAGUUGCCAAGUGAAUAAAUGGCGAGUCGGUUAAAAACAGCGAUAUGGCUUUUUCAAAGACCAAGUGGGGAGAGUUAAGUAGGCUCGGUUUACAUAUCGCGCGUAUGUGAUCAGCUUUCAACCUGAAGAAACUCCAUAUCCUUUAAUAUUGCCUUCCAUACAAGAAGGAACGUAUUUAAAAAGGAAAUUUAUCCUGUUUAUGAAUUAAAAUCCUAAAAUGAAUGAAUAAUUGAUUUAUCUAUGGGGUAUUAAACAGCAAAAGAUCUUAUUCUAUUGCCUAUAUCAUCUUCAUUCUGUAACCACAACAUAAAAAUGUACUGUUCAUGUGUAGCUUUGGUUGGUUGAUUAAUUUAUGCAGGUUUCUUGUCUGGUAUGAAGCGAUUUUCCUUUUCUUGUGUAGACCUGACACGUUGCUUUAGAUUUAAGUUUUGCGUAUUGAUUUAGA